AAUUUGAAGGCUGUAUACUCUGCAAACCUCGGGCGCGCAAAGGUCUACACUUUUACAUAUAGUCGCUGAGAGCACACCUGUUUCCAGACUUUCUUCCAUGGCACAGAAAUUGCCGCCUCAAGCUCAACGGCUGCGGAUAAUCAUCGUAACUGUACCCAUCAUGGGUGCAACAGCGUACGUUUUGUAUGACCGCCUGGUGAACGAAAAACCGCAGCGGACACUCCCUCCUCGAACUGGCCCCGAAGCUCACGGGCGUAUAGGCGACUUCAUGCCCGAGCAGGCACAUCACCAUCCACCUCCUUCAAAGGAUGUUUGA